CUUAGUAUGAAGUUUUCACCGCAGUAAUGUUUACAUUGACACCGGUCGAAAUAAACGAAUGUGAUUUGUCACGAACGCCGACCAACAGAACGAUAAUACUAUGGAUGACCAAGGAUCAGAGGUUGAGAAAAAUCACCAGCAUGACGGCUUCGUGUCCAGCGGGGAUGAGUUGGAACAUGAUCAACCCCAGGAUGAUCAAGGAGAGACUGCAGAACUGGUCAUUGUGGACCCUGAUGCAACUGAUGUUGAUUUUAAUCAUGGACGAAUUGCCAAGAUAGAAAAUCUAGAACAGCUCACUUGUGUUGAGACCCUCUGCCUACGACAAAACCUUAUCACCAAGAUUGAGGGUUUGUCUACCCUGACAACCCUGGUGGAGCUGGAUCUCUAUGACAACCAGCUGACGAAAAUAGAGAACCUGGAUGCACUCGUCAACCUCAGGAUACUAGAUCUGUCUUUCAACCGCCUCACAAAGAUUGAAAACCUUGCUUCCUUGGUAAACCUGCAAAAGCUUUUCCUGAUCCACAACAAGCUGACGAAGAUAGAGAACAUUGACCACCUUGUUAACCUGGAGAUGCUUGAACUCGGCUCCAAUAGAAUACGGGUAAUGGAGAACAUAUCUGCACUGGUAAACCUGACAAGCCUAUUCAUAGGGAAGAACAAGAUAUCAAAACUUCAGGGAAUGGAGACGCUUGUCAAUCUACGCACCUUAAGCAUGCAGACAAACAGAAUCACAAAGAUUGAAGGCCUGGAGACUCUGGUGAACUUGGAAGACAUCUACCUCAGUGACAAUGGCGUGGAAGUGAUAGAGGGACUAGAACACAAUACCAAGUUGACAACUCUGGAUCUGGCUAAGAACAGGCUCAGCACCAUACAAAAUGUGGGCCAUCUGACAGAGCUUCAGGAAUUCUGGUUUAAUGACAACAAGGUCUCCGGGUGGAAGGAAAUUGAAGCCCUGGUGCCUCUGAAGAAGCUUGAGACCGUGUAUAUGGAGAGGAAUCCUCUUUACUACGAGGGGGGGAACACCUUCAAGGUAGACCCUGCCUACCGCCGCAAGAUCAAAUUGACUCUUCCGUGGGUGAAACAGAUAGAUGCCACAUUGGCACAUUAGCUCAGCCAAUAUUAUGAUGGGGGGAACACCUUCAAGGAAGAUCCCACUUACCGCAGCAAGAUCAAAUUUACUCUUCAGUGGAUGGAUGCAACAUUAGCUCAGCUGAUAUCACGAUGUCUUUGUGCACAGGCUCUGAUUUUUUGCACAUUCUUUGUUUGUCAUUCAUCAUGCAAUUUUGUUGCCAGAUUGGCACAUUAGCUCAGCUGAUAUAAGAAUGUCUCUGUAUACAGGUCCCAAUUUUGCGAAAAAAUAAUGAAGUUGGUUUAAAGAAUACUUGGCUUUUUUUAAAAUGUUAUUUAACAUAAGAGGUUGAUGUUGUAUAAAAUAGUAUUUAUGUUUUGUGUUACACAUUUAAUUUCUUUCUAAGCUUGUAAUAUGUUUACAACUAAUGUUUGUUCACUUGAUUGCAAUUUGAAAAGAAAAAAAAGAUUCAGAUUUAUAUCAGGACUUGGUAGUUUGCAUGGUUUUCUGGUAAUUUGGGCAUUGCCUUUUUUCGCAGAGCUCUUUAGGGAAAACUUACCUUCCCCCUACUUGUUUUUAAGUCCCUGCAGGCCCCACAACUACAACAAAUUUCAGUCAAAAAUUAAUAUUUUGAAAUAAAAUAUUGCAAAUGAGAAUGCUGGUUACAUUUUGCAAAUAUUAAGGUAUCACUUAGAGGUCAAAGAGUAAAAAUUUUGUCAUAGCUUGCCUGGACUGUAAGUUUGUCAUUUAUCAUGUUCGUCUUGAAACAUAAAACUUUAACGUCAUGUUAAGAGGUCAAAGUUCAAGUUAUAUUCAAAAUGUGUGCACAUUUGUAAAUUGUAAAAAAGGGGAUUUAACUAGAACGUCAAAAAAAGAGUUUCCUAUUUUGUCUCAGGAGCUUUGUUGAUACUAAACCAGUAGUGUUUUUGGAAAUGUUGUUUGUUGGAAAUGAAAUUUCCACUUGGUAUUCAGGAAUUCGUUGUACUGGACAUUGUUGGUGCAUUAAUGUUGAUAUCAGAACUAAAACAAUUUUUGCCACAUGACUCAAUGGCAUUUUUAAAGUAGUUUGGUUUGCAUUAUUUUAGUGCUGGAUUGACUGCUGUUGACUUAUGUUUGAACCUAUUUAUUUUAGCUUGAUUGUUUUGUUGUGUCACUCAUUAGUGCAUUCCCUGUGUAUAAACUGUACUGAGCGUAUUUCGAACCAGGGACCUCACGGUGGCAAGGUGGACACCAUAUUGACUACACAACUGCAAAUGUUUUCGAGUUUAAACUGUUCUCUUGUUAACUUAUAUCUUGCAAUGUUAUUUUUACCUUACAUGAAAAGGUUUAAAAUCAUCAGGUUUUAUUAAAUCAUUUUCAAAUGAACUUUAUUUGUGAAUUAUUAAAAUUCAGACAAAAUCAGUGAGAGUUAACAAUGUAUUAUAAGUUCAUUUUAUUAACCAGGUUUUCCGAAGGAAAAAACUGGUUAUUAGAUUGGCGAAUGCGGGCGGGCUGGCUGGCUGGCUGGCUGGUGGGCUGGCUGGCGGGCUGGCGGAACAAGCUUGUCCGGGCCAUAACUAUGUCGUUCAUUGUCAGAUUUUAAAAUCAUUUGGCACAUUUGUUCACCAUCAUUGGACGGUGUGUCAUGCGAAAUGAAUACGUCGAUAUCUGCAAGGUCAAGGUCACACUUUGAGUUCAAAGGUCAAAAAUGGCCAUAAAUGAGCUUGUCCGAGCCAUAACUAUGUUGUUCAUUGUCAGAUUUUAAAAACAUUUGGCACAUUUGUUCACCAUCAUUGGACGGUGUGUCGCGCAAAAUAAUUACGUCGAUAUCUCCAAGGUCAAGGUCACACUUUGAGUUCAAAGGUCAAAAAUGGCCAUAAAUGUCCCUUGAGAUAUAACCUUCAUAUUUGGUAUGCAUGUGUAUAUGGACAAGGCCUUUCCAUACGCACAACAAUUUUGACCCCUGUGACCUUGACCUUGAAAUAGGGGUCUGCGUUUAUGUUUCAAAAUCUGCGUUUAGGUUUCGAAAAAUGCUCUUAACUUCUAUGUCCCUUGAGAUAUAACCUUCAUAUUUGGUAUGCAUGUGUAUAUGGACAACGCCUUUCCAUACCGAACAAAUUUUGACCGUCCGUCCGUCCGUCCGUGUGUCCGUCCGAAAACUUUAACGUUGCUCAUAACUUUUGCAAUAUUGAAGAUAGCAACUUGAUAUUUACCAUGCAUGUGUAUCUUAUGAAGCUGCACAUUUUUAGUGGUGAAAGGUCAAGGUCAUCCUUCAUGGUCAAAGGUCAAAAAAAAUAAAUUCAUGUGCAUAUCUCCAAUGUCAAGGUCGCCACGACUAAAAAUAGAUUUAUUUUAAAACAAACUUACAAAGGGGGUUAAUUUUCUUUGUUCAUUUCAAAAGUUCAGUUUGAGUUGUCUCCCUUUAUCAGAUUUUUUUUCACAAUGAAAACCUGGUUUUGUGACAAUUUUGUCCCUUGUUUUAGUAGAAUUGUUAUAUUGUAUGAAAAAGGGUACUGAGUUUAAGUAUAAUUUAGUGUUUUAUUAGAGAAUGCAUAUAUAAAUAUAAUUCAUUUGUUAGGUUUUUAAAUAAUGUAAUUUAGCUACUGGUAUUUCAUUUAAAAAAAUGAUUUAUUGCAAUAGAACAUCAAAGUGGCGACGUUACUUUUAAUGGUGAUAUUUAUUAUUAAUGGAUUUAUGUAUGUGUAAAUGAAACUUUUUUUUUUUUCUUUUCACAGUCAAUGUUAAACAAAUCCAUCUGUAUUAGAAACACUUGAGUACAUUUGUUUAACAUUUGAUUGUUUUGUGAAGAGCGACAACAGGAAACAAAGUCAAGCAAUAAAUGUGGUUGAUUGAUUGAUUGAUUAAUUGAUUGAUAUAUUGAUUAAUUGAUUUAUUUAUUUAUUGAUUAUGUAUCAGGGACAGCUUACUUGAAUGAGCCAAUUAAAUAAUCCAUUAUUUUUAAAUACAGAAAUACAAGUAUUUACUAGGCUAGUGCCAUAUGCUUAUUUAAAAACCAACUUUCUGUUCUGAACAUUUUGUCCUGGUAUACUGAUAGUAAAUAUUUGGUGUAGUUCAUUCGGUCAGCUAUUGCAUGUUAGUCAUACCUUUAUAUUACUGUGCCAUGAAUACUCCAUGUUGCUGUUUACAAUGUCAGCAUUAUACAUCCAUAACAUAUAACCAUUAUAAUUUUCCAGAGUGUGUAUUAAAUGGAUAAACUUAAUGUUUUCCAAGGACUGUUAACAAUACUUUGUAUUAAUAUUUGUAUUUUACUGUUAUAGAGUUAUUAUGCUAAACAAAAUGCUUUUAAUUGACAACCACAAUAAUAACAAGGGUUUUAGUAUUUUUGACACAUAUGAUAAAGCAGUGUUGUUAGGAAAAGUUUAUUUGUACUUUUUAACAAUUAAACCUAUUGAAGUAAACAA